AUGGCACCCAAAGUCCUCGUCGUCCUCACUUCUCAGGAUAAAAUCCCCGGCAGCAAUGAACCCACCGGAUGGUAUCUGUCGGAAUUCGCCCAUCCAUGGCAUGUCCUGAAAGACAAGGCAGAGCUGGUGAUAGCCUCUCCCAAAGGAGGCGAGGCGCCUCUCGACCCGGGCUCGAUGGAAGCCGUUAAGAACGACGCGAUCUCCUCAGCUUUUGCGAAAGAGCAGAAGGGUCUCUGGAGCAAUACGAAGAAGCUGGCUGAUUUGAAUCCGAAUGAUUAUGAUGCUAUUUUCUAUGUUGGAGGUCAUGGACCCAUGUUCGACCUUGCAACAGAUAAGACCUCCCUCGAAUUCAUCCGCGCCUUCGUCUCAGCCAAAAAACCCGUCUCCGCCGUCUGCCACGGCCCGGCGGCCCUCGUCAAUGCCAUCGACGCCACGGGCCAGCCUUUACUGAAAGGCGCCACGGUGACAGGCUUCUCGAACGUCGAAGAGGGCCAGCUGGGCAAGGCCGCUCUCAUGCCCUUCGAGCUGGAGACAGAGUUGAAUAAGGCGUCUGGUGGGCGCUAUGUCAAGGCUGAGCAACCGUGGGGGGAGAAGGUGGUUGUGUCCAAGGCGGCUGUUACGGGGGCGUUGGUUAUUACGGGGCAGAAUCCUGCUUCGGCGACGGGGGUUGGGAGGGAGAUUUUGAAGGCUUUGGUUUAG